AUGGGUUCUCCAAAGAAGAACGUAGACGGCGAGGCGAAGAAAUCGGAGGCGAUAACGAGGGCGAAAAAUGGUACUUCAAAUCUAGCCACAGUUCUGAGAUACGCGGAUUGGGUCGAUGUUGUGCUCAUGAUUUUGGGUACUAUUGGAGCUCUUGGAGAUGGCAUGUCUACAAACAUUUUGCUGGUUUUUGCAAGCCAUAUUAUGAAUAGCUUGGGAUAUGGUCAGACUCAGACACAACAAAAUCGUGGGCAUUUCAUGGACGAGGUUGAAAAGUGCAGUUUGAACUUCGUGUACUUGGGAUUAGCGGUAAUGGUGAUGGCUUUUAUGGAGGGAUAUUGUUGGAGCAAAACUAGCGAAAGGCAAGUUCUGAGGAUGCGUUACAAGUACUUGGAAGCUGUUCUAAGACAGGAAGUUGGUUUUUUCGACUCACAAGAAGCCACAACGUCAGACGUCAUCAACAGUAUUUCCAAGGACACUUUUCUUAUUCAGGAAGUUCUCAGUGAAAAGGUGCCAAUCUUUUUGAUGCACUCAUCGGUGUUCAUCUCCGGCCUCGCAUUCGCCACUUUCUUCUCAUGGAGACUCUCCCUAGUGGCCUUCCCAACAUUGCUUCUCUUGAUCAUACCAGGAAUGAUAUACGGAAGAUACCUUCUUUAUUUGUCAAGAAAGUCUCACAAGGAGUACGGAAAGGCAAACAGCAUUAUAGAGCAGGCUCUGAGCUCCAUAAGAACAGUUUAUUCCUUCACAGCCGAGAAGAGAAUUGUGGAGAGAUAUUCAGCUAUAUUGGACCAAACGACAAAGUUGGGAAUCAAACAAGGCCUUGCGAAAGGCCUGGCUGUGGGGAGUACAGGAUUGUCGUUUACAAUAUGGGCAUUUCUUGCUUGGUAUGGAAGUCGUUUGGUCAUGUAUAAAGGCGAGAGCGGUGGAAGAAUCUAUGCAGCUGGCAUCUCCUUCGUUUUGAGUGGACUGUCCCUUGGAAUAGCCCUUCCGGAUGUGAAGUACUUCACAGAAGCCUCAGUGGCUGCACAACGAAUCUUCGAUAGGAUCGAUCGAAUACCACUCAUUGAUGGAGAAGACACCAAAGGACUUGUGCUGGAUGAAAUUAGAGGCGAGCUCGAAUUCGAGCAUGUCAAAUUCACGUACCCUUCUCGCCCGGACACCAUUGUCCUAAAGGAUUUCAACCUCAAAGUGGAAGCAGGACAGACGGUUGCCCUUGUUGGCGCAAGUGGAAGUGGCAAAUCGACAGCAAUUUCGUUGGUUCAGCGAUUUUACGAUGUCGAUGAUGGUGUGGUGAAGAUUGAUGGUGUAGAUGUGAGGACACUGCAUUUAAAAUGGAUAAGAGGGAACAUGGGACUUGUUAGUCAAGACCAUGCUUUGUUUGGGACAUCAAUAAAGGAGAACAUCAUGUUUGGGAAGCUCGACGCGACGAUGGAAGAACUCGCGGGCGCUGCCAUGGCUGCCAAUGCUCACAAUUUCAUAAGGCAGCUUCCUGAAGGCUAUGAAACCAAGAUUGGAGAGAGAGGAGCACUUUUAUCAGGUGGACAAAAGCAGCGGAUUGCCAUAGCCAGGGCAAUCAUCAAGAACCCUGUGAUUCUCCUACUUGAUGAAGCAACAAGUGCACUUGAUUCUGAAUCGGAAACUCUGGUCCAAAAUGCUCUUGAUCAAGCUUCCAUGGGAAGAACCACCUUGGUGGUUGCACACAAGCUCUCCACAGUUCGAAAUGCCGACCUAAUCGCGGUGGUGAGCGGCGGCUGCAUAAUCGAGCUAGGCUCACACAACGACCUCAUCAACCGCGACAAUGGCCACUACGCGAAACUCGCCAAAAUGCAGAGACAAUUCAGCUUCGCGGUCGACAACAACGACCAAUCAGACACCUCUGGCCUAGUCUCGUCCGUCACGAGAAGCAGCGGCAGGCAAAGCACCGCCAGGUCAAGCCCAUUAGUCUUCUCAAAAUCACCAAACCAGUCCAUCGAAACCACCCCGCAGCACAAAAUUUCCCACCCAGCGCCUUCCUUCACCCGCCUUCUGUCCCUAAACGCCCCCGAGUGGAAGCAAGGCCUCAUCGGUAGCCUUUCCGCCGUUGCAUUCGGGUCAGUCCAGCCCACCUACGCCCUAACCAUCGGAGGCAUGAUCUCCGCCUUCUUCGCCCCAAGCCACGACGAAAUGCGCGACCGAAUCCGCACAUACUCCUUAAUCUUCUGCUCACUCUCCGCCAUCUCCAUCAUCCUAAACCUUCUACAGCACUACAACUUCGCAUACAUGGGAGCGAGACUAACAAAACGGAUCCGAAUUCGCAUGCUGGAGAAGAUCCUGACGUUCGAAACUGCCUGGUUCGACGAGGAAGAGAACUCGAGCGGCGCAUUGUGUUCAAGACUAAGCAACGAAGCUUCAAUGGUGAAAUCCCUCGUUGCAGACAGAGUCUCCCUCCUCGUCCAAACGACAUCCGCCGUCACGAUCGCCAUGAUCAUGGGGCUAGUCGUUGCAUGGAAGCUCGCGCUCGUCAUGAUCGCCGUACAACCCUUGACAAUCCUCUGCUUCUACACGAGAAAAGUCCUCCUCUCAAGCAUGUCGUCCAACAUCGUCCGGGCGCAACACCAGAGCACCCAAAUCGCCGUCGAAGCAGUUUACAACCACAGAAUCGUGACGUCGUUCGGAAUCGUCGGGAAAGUUCUGGAACUUUUCGAGGAGGCGCAGGAGGCGCCGAGGAAGGAGGCGAGGAAGAGGGCGUGGAUGGCGGGGAUGGGGAUGGGGUCGGCGCAGUGUUUGACGUUCGUGUCGUGGGCGUUGGAUUUCUGGUACGGAGGGAGGCUUGUGAUGAAAGGGGAGAUAUCGGCGGGAGAUGUUUUCAAGACGUUCUUCAUAUUGGUUAGUACUGGUAAGGUCAUUGCCGAGGCUGGGAGUAUGACUUCCGACAUCGCAAAGGGCUCCGCCGCCGUCACCGCCGUGUUUCGGAUUCUUGACCGGAAAUCGCAUAUUUCCGGAUCUGAUAAUCAGGGCACGGAUGGCAAUAGUGGAACCAAGUUAGAAAAGAUAACGGGAAGGUUAGAGAUGAAGAAGGUUGAUUUUGCAUAUCCAAGCAGGCCAGAGACACUAGUAUUGCGGCAAUUCAGCCUAGAGGUGAAGGCAGGCACAAGCAUUGGCUUAGUUGGGAAAAGUGGGUGUGGGAAAUCAACAGUAAUAGGAUUGAUUCAAAGAUUCUAUGAUGUUGGGAAAGGUUCGGUCAAAGUUGACGGAGUGGACAUAAGAGAACUAGAUAUUCAAUGGUAUAGGAGACACACUGCAUUGGUUAGCCAAGAACCUGUCAUAUACUCCGGCAGCAUUCGCGACAACAUCCUAUUCGGCAAGCUUGAUUCGUCGGAACAUGAGGUUGUGGAGGCUGCUAAAGCCGCCAAUGCGCAUGAAUUUAUCUCUUCAUUGAAGGACGGGUACAAAACCGAAUGUGGAGAGAGAGGAGUGCAGUUUUCAGGAGGGCAAAAGCAGAGGAUAGCGAUUGCGAGGGCAAUAAUUCGGAAUCCGACCAUACUACUAUUAGAUGAGGCAACAAGUGCUCUUGAUGUGCAAUUAGAACAAGUUGUGCAAGAAGCGCUUGACCGAAUCAUGGUCGGAAGGACCACGGUUGUGGUGGCGCAUCGGCUUAACACCAUCAAACAAUUGGACUCCAUUGUGGUUGUCGCCGACGGGAUGGUGGUGGAGCGAGGCACCUAUGCUCAGCUCAAGCACAUGAAGGGUGCCUUCUUCAACCUUGUUAGCCUUUCAAACUUAGGUCCGACUAAUUAGACAUUUGAUGUGUCACAAAUAUAUAAUAUUGAUAUGGUCUAUAUUUGCCUUAAGAGUUUAUAGUAUCGGGCUUCCAAAGUGUAGACACUAUGAGUUGGGUGGGAAAUUUGAGAUUGUGCUGUUAGAGCUCUGUCAGUAGGAGUGGUUGAGGCCGUAGCCCAAUUGAAAUAUGGGUUUUAGGACUGUUGGAAACAGGCCAAUGAUGGAUCCAUAGCUUGACAUGGUCAGUUCUCUCCGGCGGCCCAAAUGAUGCCAAUAAGGCCGUAGUUGUACUUGCAAGUGUUGCUUGGUCAAAAAUAUUAUACGAAAUAUGGUAAUGUCCUU